AUGAACCCCGCCUGGGACAGAGCCCAUCGCCAUCCAGCAGCACCCCCCGCGUCCACAUCACGAAAUGAUCACGGCGAAUGGCAAGUCACCGGAGCCAUCCGGCAGCGCUGGAUCGAGGACGCCACAGACACCACCUGCCCAUUCCAGCCAGCCCCACUAACCCUAGCCGACCUCCGCAGGAUGGGCUGGUUCGUGCAGACUGACCCCAGCAGCGUUCCAUCUGUUAUCAUGGAUGACGCGGCGAAUCUAGGCCACUACCCCGGUACUGAUAUGACACGAAUCCUAGCGCAGAAGGAUAGUACUAACACAGCGGAUAAAGCCCCGAACGUCUUCGACCUUAUUGUCGGCCACGGGGUGCUGAUUGCCGAGGCCAUCUUCCGGAAAGAUGGACCGCACUUCUCGCAGGUUGCUGUCGCUAUGAUGCGGGAGGUAGCGGAUCCGCAGAGUCUGCGACACUUGUAUUUUACUACUAUUAUUAACCCUGAUACACAGGAUUUUCUCGAGACGAUGCUGUAUACGCCGCGGAAUGGGCUCCUCUGGCCGUCUGCUACGGAUACUCAGGAGGUUUGGCAUUAUAAUACACCGCAGUAUCAUGGGCUUUUGGGGACGCGCAUUGGGAAAUGCGCUGUUAAUUUGAUUUUGGAGAUUUUCCCCCGUGGGACGCAUUAUAUUGCGAGGGUUGUGACUUGGGAUAUCGCUUUUUCGCUUCAGAUUCGGUUUGACAUUGAGCCGAUUGCUGCGCCUGCGGCUGCUGUUUGA